GAAGUCGGAGCCCGUGAAGAGCGCGUGAAUGCAGCAUAGUUGGACGACGGAGACGAGAGGAAAGAAAAGGGCAAGGAAGGGACCUGUAAUAAAUUCAGCCUCGCACUAUUGGCGCCAAUCCGAUAUAAAGAGGAAAAAUAGCUAAUUUUUCAUUGACGUUUUAAUCAAGUUUUCGUCUAACCGUCGCUACUAUCUCAGCCAUCUGUCGGUGCUGUAGCCAGCUAGCCUCGUUAGCACACUAUCUAUCAUUGUCAUAUUAAUCUGGCCCCCUUCUUUCUGUCUGUAGUCACGAUACUAAUAACUCAGCAACAGUAAGGCACAGGGACAAUAGAGGUGUGUUUCUCCAGAGGGAUCGAUAAGACACAGCUGCAAAAUGGGGAGGAAGUCCAACAGAGCAAAGGAGAAGAAAGCCCGGCGUCUGGAGGAGAGGGCUGCUAUGGAUGCUGUCUGCGCCAAGGUGGAUGCAGCCAAUAAGCUUGAUGACCCACUGGCUGCCUUCCCAGCCUUUAAAAAGUACGACAGAAAUGGGCUGAAUCUGCAGAUAGAAUGUAAGAGAGUGACUUCCCUCAACCCGCUGUCUGUGGAGUGGGCCUUCGAACUCACCAGAGCCAACAUGCAGACAAUGUAUGAGCAGAGCGAGUGGGGUUGGAAGGAGAGGGAAAAGAGGGAGGAGAUGAACGACGAGAGGGCGUGGUACCUACUGGCCCGUGACGGCGACUCAGCCCCUGUGGCCUUCUCUCACUUUCGAUUCGAUGUGGAGUGUGGGGAGGAGGUUUUAUAUUGCUAUGAGGUGCAGUUAGAGAGCAGAGUGCGGAGGAAAGGACUUGGCAAGUUCCUCAUCCAGAUACUACAACUCAUUGCCAACAGUACACAGAUGAAGAAAGUGAUGUUGACAGUUUUCAAACACAACCAUGGGGCUUACCAGUUCUUCAGAGAAGCUUUACAGUUUGAGAUCGAUGAGACUUCGCCGAGCAUGUCUGGUUGCUGCGGCGAUGACUGUUCUUAUGAGAUCCUCAGCCGGCGGACCAAACACGGCGAGGCCUCAGCGGGACACACCCACGGGGGUGGGCACUGCGGGGGCUGCUGCCACUGAUCUGUUUCGGUUAUACCUUUUAUGAUUGGUUAAAAGCCAGCAACUUUCAUGGCUGUGUGUGAAAGCUUGAGCUGCCUGCUGCUCUGCAAGCGUUUUAGAGUUUGAACAGCUGUAGAUAAACCGAAGGUGGAAUACCUGGCUACAGAUAUUGUCGUUGCAUUAUGGAUUGAAAUUUACGAGGUUUUUUGUGUGUGGGUGUGUAUUCCUGCUACAAACGCAGUAUGCAGUGUGAGCUUUCACACAUAGCUCCUGUUUUUCCCUUUCCUACUUCUUGGUUCAGUGUCCAAGCCAUCAUUUCUUAUUCUCUUAUCCCAGUCAAUGGUAACCAUUAGUAGCUCCCAGUUAAGAGCAAGCAUUGCUGACAUUGUCUACCACUGCACUGAGCCUCAUCCCACCGCCUCUCAUCUUCUGACGUGCUAUACUGUACUGAAUCAUUGGGCAGCACUUCUCAAACUUUGGACAUAAAACUGCUUGCUGACGAAAGGCUGUAUUAUAGAAACUUACUACCUCAAGUCAAGGUUGCUCAAGCUUAAGGAUGUAGUGGUAAAUACUGAAUCAUGUGAAUAAAUCAGUGUCCUCAUUCAAAUUACCACAUACACUACACAGUUAGGAUUUUUAAGCUUUGGUCAGUUUCUGUUAUACAGCCCCUGAUUUCUUUGGGAACCUCAUAUUUCGACUAAUAACUUGUUUCACUGAACUGGCUCACCAGGAUUAAACUGAAUGUGUCCUCACAUUUGAGUCCCACAAAAAGAAGUCUGAGAAGUGCUGCUAUAAUGUAAUGUCACCUGAUGUGUUGCAAGUUGUAUGCACAUAUGACUUGUAAGUUAUGUUUUCUAACGAAAGCACAGCAGCAACUGCACUUUCUUGAACCACAUCGGCCCAUAAUACUGCUGUUAUUAAAGUCGGUCCACUAUUAGCGCUACCUGUUUUGAUUUGAGGUCUCCCUUGCUUUUAAAUUUUGUAACUUAUGAGAAAGGAUGUUUUCUUGAUUAGGCUUUCUCUUUUCUCUCGGUGAAAUAGGUUUAAAAAAAAAAAAAGCAUCCAACCCAGACAAGAAUCCCAGUAUGACCCUGUUGUUCAUUCAGAUAUUAAUCUUGCUCUGACCGUCAGCCAUAUUCCCUUAGGAGAAGUACAUGUCAUGAACUGAGAUUCUGAUUUCUGCUUCACUGCAGUCUUUAUGAAAUCAUUCACAUAUUUUCUCUCUUUUUCCUUCUCUUGUUUUCAUGCUUAGAGACACAGCUCUCAUAAUGUGUUUUCCCAGAUUUCAGUUCUGUAAAAUUGCAUCCCCUCUUUCCGUUUUUCCUGUUUGUGCCUCCGUUCUCACUCCAUAUCCUAAAAGCAGUGAACGAUGACUUGCAGACCAAUUUAUGUUGUGCUCCUAUUUAGUCACCUUUGUACAAUGGCGUUACUCGUGCUUGCCUCUUCAUUCGCUCUGUUUCCAAGAGGUACUAAUGAUAACCAAGUUGAUGUUGACGCGAUCUUUAGCUGUAUUUAAAAAAAAAAAAAGAAUAAUAAUAAAACCAUCCCUCAUCCCUUUCUCUUACAUAUUCUGUUAGCAUGAGCAAAUCAUAUUGAUUUAACAUGGAUGAGGAUUGGUAGAAGUCACCACUUCAUUAUGUGGCUGUUUGAAGCUGAUGAAUGCUGUUAACUUGGAGGAAGAAACAUGGAAUGGAUGGAUGAUGGAAGUAAUGCAGAGCACUGAAGGUGUUAUGUCAUUAUUCCUCCUCCUCCUUGUCAGUUGUCAACUGUUUUCCCAGCCCACCGUCAUUGGUCUGCAUGAUUACGAUUUAAAAAUGUUUUAACAAAACACGUGGUCUAAAUGAGGAUUAAACGACAGCAUCACUGCUGCCGAACUUCAGCAUUGCUGUUUCAACUCGUGUCCAAAAUGUGGAUGUAAUAGCAUUACUUAAAUAUUUCAUACAAACCUCCCGUGAAUAUUGCUGCAUGUUUAGAAAUAUGUGAAAGGUGGAGAGUGAAAUUUAAAAGUUAAUGCUGAAGUUUGGUCUUCCUUAAAGCAUCUUGGCACAAAGUUGGGAACUGUGCACCUGCUGAAAAGAUGCUUGUAGGAGUUCCACUUUUAGACACCACUUUACUAGUCAACCUAGAAAGGCUGCUGUAACCACCUUGACUUUGUUGAUUCCAUCUGUUUUGCACAAAACCUUCAGGUUAUUUUCGGACAGUUUGGAGUGCAAGUCAGCUGGGUUAGAAGCCCUAUCUAGAAACCACUAUAUAAAACCCUUUAAUAUCAGGGCUGUUGUCAGUUUGUACAGGUUUUACUUGUGAGCUGCAGGAGUAAAAAGACAUUACUGGGGGUGUAAAGAUUCCUAGUGUGGCUGUGAGGAGCUUCAUUUGGAAGUGUUUUUUAAGACAAGAUAGGCCUUUAUGAGUCACGCAGUGGGGAAAUUCUAAAAAAGGAUUGGAGUCUGGUCAAAGUAUGUGAAACGGGAGACUGAAAUGUGAAGUUUUUAGAAACAUCUAAAUACUGAAAUCAUUUGUGUUAUACGAGAACAAAAUAUUAUUUAUCUACAAAAAACCCUUUUGGAUGACCAAGUCCAAAUCCUUGGGUGAAAGUCACUGGCUGGCUGGAGUAAAUAAUAAAAAAAAAUGCAGCAUCACCUAAAGAUGGCAUAUUGGUGUCUCAUGCUUGUUUGAUCAUGAUGAACAAAAAGUAAUUCAACAACAUAUUGCUUGUUCAGUGCUAGACUACCUUCUGAUAAGUACAGUAAAUGAUUUUUUGUACUGCAUAGGUUACAAUAAAAAAAGGUUGUUAUACAUAGGGGUAGUAUAUCAACUUACUGACAGUCUCUCUCUCAGGUUACUCAAACAUAAUUGAACCUCAUCUGUUUCAUUUUAACAGCCGUGUUGUCAGUUAGCUGUUCACUGCAUUGGAUUGGCUGCAGCACAGAUGUAGAGUCAGUUUUUGUUUGUAUGUCAGGGCAUAGUAUUUCAAGAAAGUCAAGAGUGUCUGAAAUUCUACUUUUACCACAACAAAGGAAAUUGACAACACUGAUUGCUUUUCCACUGUAAAAUAUGAUAAAAUUAAAUCCUGAUCUCCUUUGCCUUGUGAAGAUAAACAUGCCACAAAGGUUGAACUGACCCUAGAUCAGUGCUUCAUUGUUACAUCAAUCCAGAAAGGUGGGCUUUUUUUGUUUGUUUUUUUAAAGGCUCACUGGAAGUAAAAAUGCAUUUGUGAAAAUAUCUUCAGUUUGAAAAUGAGCCUAAACAUGACCAGUUUAAUUUUAUGUCGGUGGUUGCAUACCCUCACAAAAUCACAGAUCUUUCUCUCCUCUUUCUGUAUAUACAGUAUAUAAGCUGUUGUGGAUCCAUCUUCAUUUUCAUUUCUUGGCCUUUUACAGGUAAAACACUUUUAAACAUGAUGUUAAAGAAAAACUCCAUGUUUGAGAGUGAGUGUUGCAGUCCUGUUCAUAAAUGACAUUGAAAGGGAAAGUCAUUAUGCCUUGUCAGUGUUUUAUUUGUAUGUUCCAAAUAAAGGAAAGUUGUUUGACUUUUCAA